AUGGUGCAGAUGCUGAAAGCGUUAAUCGUUCCAGGUGUGCUUGCCGUCGCCGGCUGCUGCUGGUGGUGGUAUAGCUCACGGAAGAAAACUGGAGGUACCGGCCAGGACAGUGAGGCGAAGGAGGAUGUGCUUUCUUCCUGUAGUGGAGAAGAGCAAUGUGCUCGGUCUGAGACUAGAGCACCUGUCCCCCUUCAGGACCGUGUGGAUGACAGCAAGCCAGCUGAAAGCAGUGAGGGGAAGAGUCAGCUUGACGAGCCAUCCACCAUCAUAGAGGAUGCUCAGGCUGAAGACACUUUAGUGUCUGCUACAGAGCUUCCAGAGCUCAUUGUAGUCGAUGACCUAUCUUCCUCUUCUGAAGAUGGACAGUGUUCUCAGUCUGAGACUAGAGCACCUGUCUCAAGCCCAGAGGAGCUUCCCCUUCAGGACAGUGUGGAAGACAGCCAGCCAGGUGAAAGCAGUGAGGGGAAAAGUCAGCUUGACGAGCCAUCCACCAUCAUGGAGGAUGCUCAGGCUGAAGACACUUUAGUGUCUGCUAUAGAGCUUCCAGAGCUCAUUGUAGUCGAUGACCUAUCUUCCUCUUCUGAAGAUGGACAGUGUUCUCAGUCUGAGACUAGAGCACCUGUCUCAAGCCCAGAGGAGCUUCCCCUUCAGGACAGUGUAGAAGAUAGCCAGUCAGAUGGACAGUGUGCUCAGUCAAGUCCAGAGGAUCUCCCCCUUCAGGACAGUGUGGAGGACAGCCAGCCAGAAGUGAGCGGUGACGGAAAAAGUCAGCUUGAGGAGCUUGAGGUGCCAACCACCAUCAAAGAGGAUCCUCCUACUAAAGACAUACCAUCAUCCUUUCUGGGACGAAGGGCAAAACCCCUGGUCCGUUCCACCAUCCUGCCUAAGAAGCCCUUUUUCACAAGGGAUGAAAAGUACGAGGAUCCAAGGGAGAGCCUUUCCCAGGUUGCAUGGGAUACAGUGAUAGAUGAUUGGUAUUAACUCAUCAAAUAAAAGCUAAAAAAUAUAUAUAUAUCA